AUGGCGGCGCAGCCCGGCGUGGGAGUGGCGGGUGCGGACGACGGAGGCCGCAGGAAGCCCCGCCUGGCCGCCUCGCUGCAGAUCAGCCCGGGGCCCGGCUCCUGGCGGCCGGCGGGGGCCGGCUCGGGUCACGACGCCUGGGGGGCCCCGCCGGCUCCCUGCGCGGAGGGCGGCGGGCAGCCCCGGGGCGCGGCGGGGGCCGGGGGGCCGCGCGGGGCGGCGCGCGCCGGGGAAGACCCCGGGGCUGACCCCGGGGCGCCGCCGGGGACGACCCCGAGGGUCCCGCCCGCAGGCCCCGCCCGGGACCUCCCGCCGGCCCCCGCGCCGCCGCCCGGCCCGCUGCCCCGAGACCCGCCGCCCGGCCAGGCCGUGGCCCUGCUGGAGCAGUACACGGCCAGCCUGGGCGUGGCCCUGGCCUUCCGCGAGGACCAGGAGGCAGGUCCUGGCUUUCCCUUCUCUGUGUGUGUGGAACUGGAUGGUGUGGUCUGCCCUGCAGGAACCGCGAGCAGCAAGACAGAGGCCAAACAGCAAGCAGCGCUCUCGGCCCUCCGCUACAUCCAGAGCCACCUGGACAGCACCGAGCAGCCUGGCCUGUGGGACCCGCCACUGAUCUCUGGCCCUCAUGCAGAGACCAUCCUGACCCAUGAGCAGCGCUGUGCGGCUGUGGUGAGCGCUGGCUUGGCUCGCUUGCUGGAUGAGAAUUCUCCAUACCAGGCCUGCAAGGGGACGGUGGCGGCCGUCAUCCUGGAGAGGGAGAUCCCCAGUGCCAAGGGCCACACCAAGGAGAUCUAUGAGCUAGUGGCGCUGGGCACCGGCAGUGGUAGCUGUGCCAGCUGGCUGGAGUUCUCAGGUCGGCAGCUGCAUGACUGUCAUGGUCUGAUCAUUGCCCGUAGGGCGCUGCUGAGGUUCUUCUUCCGGCAGCUGCUGCUGGCCACCCAGGGGGGCCCCCAGGGCAAGGAGCAGGCUGUGCUGGUCCCGCAGCCGGGGCCCGGGCCCCCCUUUGCUCUCAAGCCUGGGAUCUUCCUGCACCUGUAUGUCAGCAACACCCCCAAGGGAGCAGCUCACGAUGUCUACCUCCCGCUGUCCUCGGAGGGGAGUGUCCUGAACAUCCCAGCCUUCCGCCUGCAGGUCCACGUCUGUGGGCAGCUGAAGCCAGUGUCCUACGUGGCCCCAGCGCUCCGGGACACCCGAGUGGGCUGCCUGUCAGCCAGCGACAAGCUGGCGCGCUGGGCCGUGCUGGGCCUGGGCGGCGCGCUGCUGGCCCACUUUCUGCCACCGCUCUACGCCACCAGCCUGGUCCUGGCUGACCCCUGCCACGACCCUCCAACUCUGAACAGGGCCAUCCAUGCCCGCCCCAGCCUAGAUGGGGCCUCGUGCCUGCCCCCGCCCUACGUCCGCACCACCCUGCAUCUGUUUUCGGGGCCUCCAGUGGCCCCCUCCAGCCCUACCCCCAGUACCUGCCAUGGCCUGAGCCUCAACUGGAGUCUGGGGGAUCCUGACAUUGAAGUGGUGGAUGUGGCCACGGGGCGUGUGAAGAGCAAUGCUGCUGUGGGCCCCCCCUCGCGCCUCUGUAAGGCCGCCUUCCUCAGGGCCUUCCGCCAGGCUGCCCAGGCUCUGGGGAAGCUGCAGCUCCUGGCCCUGCAGACCUACGAGGACAUCAAGGCAGGACCCUACCAGGAGGCUCGCCAGCAGCUCUCCCUCCUCCUGGACCAGCAGGGCCUGGGAUCUUGGCCCUCCAAGCCAUUGGUGGGCAAAUUCAAGAGCUGA